AUAUUUAGCAUACGGUUUUCGUAGUUGUUCUUCUUCAAAUGCCCGAACGAAGGAAAAAAAAAAAUCAAUACAAAGUGCUAAUGAUUUCAUCUCAAUACAUUAUUUGAACCCAUUCAACCCCAAAUCUCUUCAGUUUCACUCUCUUAACUCACAAAAGAGGUUGAUGGUUUCUGACAUUAAGUUUGUUUGAAGACCGGGUUGAGAUUAGCUGAAGUGAGAUGGUCAGAAUGGAUUAGUGGCCUAACCUUGAAGUGGUCAUUUCAGGAGCUCGUUUUGGGGCUGUGUUUUAGGUUCCUAUUCAGGUCAUGUUCGUGCCAACUUUUGGCCUAUUGUUAUCAUUUUUGGGGUUGGAGUUUGAGAACUUGGAAUGACUGUUUUCAGUGAAGUUUGUUGAAUGGGGAUUCAGACAAUGGGUUCACAAGGUGAUGGUAGUAGUACUGGUAAACAGUUUCAACCGUUGGUGAGACAGAAUUCAAUGUACAGUCUCACACUUGAUGAGGUUCAAAAUCAAUUGGGUGACUUGGGAAAACCACUCACAAGUAUGAACAUAGAUGAGCUUCUGAAGAAUGUUUGGACAGUUGAGGCUAACCAGUCUAUGAGUAUGGAAAUGGAGAGCACUGCAUUGGCCAAUCAGACUGCUCUGCAGCAUCAGGCGAGUCUCUCGUUAACGGGUGCUCUUAGUAAGAAGACAGUUGAUGAGGUUUGGAGAGAUAUUCAGGAAAACAAAAAUAGUGGGGAAAGGAAGUCCAGGGAACGACAGCCUACUCUAGGAGAGAUGACUUUAGAGGAUUUCUUGGUGAAAGCAGGGGUUGUAGCUGAGCCAUCUAUGGACAAAAAAAUUGGUGGUCCUGUUGUUGGUAUGGAUCAAAAUUUAACACCACAGUUUCCACAAGGUCAAUGGAUGCAUUACCCACAUCCACAAUAUCAGCAGUCACAACAAAGUAUGAUGGGAGUUUACAUGCCAGGCCAGCCAAUUCCACAGCCACUGCACAUGGGGACAGGUGCUAUAAUGGAUGUUUCAUACACAGAUAACCAGGUGGCCUUAACUUCACCUUCAAUAGGAACACUAUCGGAUACACAGACUCUUGGAAGGAAAAGGGGCACCCCUGAAGAAAUAUUGGAGAAGACUGUUGAGAGGAGGCAAAAGAGGAUGAUAAAGAACCGGGAGUCUGCUGCUCGUUCACGAGCAAGAAAGCAGGCUUACACAAGUGAGCUGGAGAACAAAGUUUCCCGUUUGGAACAGGAAAACGAAAGGCUAAGGAAACGGAAGGAGCUUGAGAAGCUGUUGCCGUCUGCUCCGCCACCUGAGCCGAAGUAUCAGCUUCGUAGAACAACAUCAGCCCCAUUCUGACAUCUUUUGCUCUGUGGGAUAGUUUUGUAGAUAUGAUGCCUCUUGGGUUGUCUUCUUUAAUUAAAGCCACGCGAGUUCUGUGUCUGGAUGUUGUAAAGCAGCAAUCCUUUGCUUCUGGCAUUGAUGGUUUUCUUCUCCAUCAGGUUUUACUUGUGAUAGAUCAUCUGUAAUAUCAGAUGCAUUAUAAUUUUCAUGGUACAGUACACUGUAUUUAUCACCAUUGAGUCGCAUUAGAUUUGUUAUAAAAAAAAUGUAGUCAAAGUUCGUACAAAUGUUCAGUAUAUAUUUCUGAGUUAGCUUGAUGAUCC